CAAGGCGGGGCCUCCCCGCCCCCCCCCCCGGCCUCUCCCGGCGGCAGCGGCUGGAUGCGGGGGCUGGAUGCGGGGGCUGGAUGGGGGGCUCUGGCUCUGGGGGUGCUGCUGGUGCUGCUGUGUCCCCCCCCGAGCCCAGCCGAGACCUACACGGCCAUGGCGAGUGUCCGCAGGGCGCUGGGCUCCGAGGGCCGCCUGCUCCGCCGGCUCCGCGGGUACCUGCGGGAGGAGCGCGGCCGCCUCCGCCGCCUCGCCAGGUUUUAUGAGAAGGUCCAGGCGCUGCACCAGGACCCUGAGGCCUCGGUGGACAACCCCUUGUUGGCCUUCAGCCUCAUCAAGCGUCUCCACUCCGACUGGCCCAAUGUCAUCUACAGUGAUGAGGCCACCGAGAACACCCAGGCUCUCCAUGAUGCCUUCAAGGAGGUGGAGCAGGAGCUGCCUGGAGCUGAGGACCUGGAUGGGGCUGCCCGGGCGCUGAUGCGGCUGCAGGAUGUCUAUGCACUCAGUGUCAAGGGCAUGGCCAACGGCGUCUUCCAACACACCAGCCCCGGCCGCCCACCCCUAUACAGCCCUGGCCAGCGCGUGUCCCUCUCUGCCGAUGACCUCUUCCAUGUGGGCAAGGUGGCCUAUGACACGGGUGACUACUACCACUCCAUUGCGUGGCUGGAGGAGGCUGUUGGACUCUUCCGCCUCUCCUAUGGCAGAUGGAACCCCGAGGACCGGAGCAGCCUGGAGGAUGCUCUGGACCAUCUCGCCUUCUCCUACUUCAUGGCUGGAAAUAUCUCCCAUGCCUUGAGCCUCUCCAGGGAGUUUCUCCACUAUGACCCCAGUAACCGAAGGGUGGUGAGGAACGUAGCCAAGUACGAGAAGCUCCUGGAGACGGGGACAGUGACGAGCGCGGAACCCCUGCGACGCCCCAACAGCACCCGCCUACAGAACCGCGAUGCCUACGAGGAGCUGUGCCAGCGCCUGGGGGGGCAGCAGGCCCCGGAGCAUUUCCCACAACUUGGGUGCUCCUACGAGACCAACGGCAGCCCCUACCUCCUGCUCCAGCCUGCCAAGAAGGAGGUGGUCCAGAUCCAACCCUACGUGGCUCUGUACCAUGAUUUCAUCAGCGAUGUUGAAGCUGAGACCAUCAAGGGGUUGGCAGGUCCUUGGCUGCAGAGAUCUGUGGUCGCCUCUGGGGAGAAGCAGCAGAAAGCCGAGUAUCGGAUAAGCAAGAGCGCGUGGCUGAAGGACACAGCUCACCCGGUGGUGCAGGCGUUGGAGAAGCGCAUGGCUGCCGUCACCGGCCUGGACCUGCGCCCACCCUACGCUGAGUACCUGCAGGUGGUCAACUAUGGGUUGGGAGGCCACUACGAGCCACACUUCGACCACGCCACGUCCAGGAAGAGCCCCCUGUACAGAAUGAAGUCAGGCAACAGGAUCGCCACGCUCAUGAUCUACCUGAGUGCAGUGGGGGCUGGUGGCUCCACCGCCUUCGUCCACGCCAACCUCAGCGUGCCCGUGGUGAAGAACGCCGCUCUCUUCUGGUGGAACCUGCGGCGGAACGGGGACGGUGACGGGGACACCCUGCACGCCGGCUGCCCCGUCCUGGCUGGGGACAAGUGGGUGGCAAACAAGUGGAUACACGAGCACGGGCAGGAGUUUCGGCGGCCGUGCGGCAUCAACCCCCAGGACUGAGCCACCGUGGGCUCAAGGACGUGGCACCCAUGGGUGACAAAGCCAACAGGGCACAGUGUGUCCCCAAGGCUGCCAGUGGCACAGGGGGCUAGUGGCGGUACAGCCGGAUUCAGUGAAAAUAAAGUCCAAAAGACAUGAAA